UGUUGUUAGGCUUACCAAAUGGAGUCUAAUGGAGUCGAUUUAAUAAAAAUUGUCUGAAAAUCAAUCGAAACGAUGAAAAUCCUCAAAGAAAUGACAUGAAUCCGUACCCGGUGCGCCCCAUUCCACAUAACAUGUAGUUAGGCAGAGUCGAUACACUGCCGGCACAAUAAGGUGCGAUGUCACAGAGAGCAAAAAGGCCUAACCGUUCAGACGAUGGAUCAGUACCUGUUAAAAGGCGCAAACGUACGGCGGCGGAGGAGGAGGAAGCGGCCUCCUUGGCGGUGUGGCAGCCUCGCUCCAACGACCUAAAAAGCAUCUACAAUCGGACAACAACCGAGGCGCCAGCCGAGCUCUUCCGCAAAGAUUUGAUUAGUGCUAUGAAACUGCCGGAUUCGGAGCCGUUAGCUUCCAACGAGUAUUGGGUUAUUGUUGAUCAGUGGAAGCAGGAGUGGGAAAGGGGGGUCCAGGUGCCAGUCAAUCCAGAUUCCUUGCCGGAACCGAGCGUCACUAUCACACAAAACACACCGCUCAAGCUUCAACAUGAGUUCAAACUGCCAAAAAACAAGUACAUCCGCAUCACCAAGGACGAGAAUUUCAAAAUCGAGGAUCACGCCUUAUCCAACGCUCCCGCUCAAUCCGAGGCGGCUUGUUCCUACGACUUGGACGAGUGCGACGUCUCCUGGUUGCGUAUUUUGAACUCGGAGCGUUCUCAAUGCGGCCAAUCCCCCAUCUACGAGGACCAACUCGAACGCGUAAUCGAGCAAUUCGAGCUUUGCUGUUGGGACAAAAUCCAGUCGAUUUUACGCAACGAGGAAGGUCUCGGUAUCGAAUACGACGAGAACGUCAUCUGCGACGUAUGUCGCUCGCCCGAUUCGGAAGAGGGCAACGAGAUGGUGUUCUGUGAUAGUUGCAACAUCUGCGUACACCAAGCCUGCUACGGUAUCACGCGAAUACCAGAAGGCCAAUGGCUGUGCUGCACGUGUAAUUUAAGUAAACGUCCGAAGUGUGUUCUAUGUCCGAACAAAGGGGGCGCGAUGAAGUGCACAAGGUCGGGACAGAAAUGGGCACAUGUCUCGUGCGCCCUUUGGAUACCGGAAGUGAGCAUCGGAUGUGUGGAAAAAAUGGAACCGAUUACGAAAAUUUCGAGCAUUCCGCAGAGUAGAUGGGCACUGAUUUGUGUACUGUGUCGGGAACGAGUCGGCGCAUGUAUUCAAUGUUCGGUGAAGACGUGCAAAACAGCGUAUCACGUGACCUGUGCCUUCAAACACGGGUUAGAAAUGAGGGCUAUCAUCGAGGAUGAGAAUGCUGAUGAUGGGGUCAAGUUACGUUCCUAUUGCGAGAAACACAGCAAAUCGAGUAAAAAAGAGAAAAGUGUUUGUUCCGGUUCCGAAGAUGAUGAUUCGCGUAGGAAAAAACGCAAAGAUAUGACCUCCGAGGAGAAGAAUCAAGCUCGUGCUGCUCGUCUUCAAGAAAUCGAAGCUGAAUUCUACAAACACGUUUCGAUUAAAGAUGUUAGUAUUCAUCUUGAUGUUGAUAAUGACGCCCUCCAUCACAUUUACAACUAUUGGAAGUUGAAACGAAAAGCUGGUCAUAAUAAACCACUUUUACCGCCUAAAUCCGAAGAUGUUGAUAUGCUCUCUCAUAAACGCGAACAAGCCGAUAUGGAAAAAAUGAAAAUGUUUGUGCAAUUAAGACAGGACUUGGAACGUGUGCGAAAUUUGUGUUAUAUGGUGAGCAGAAGGGAAAAACUUUCGAGGAGUUUUUUUAGGCUACGCGAACAGACUUUUUAUAAACAGACGGCUGUACUUGAAGCUGCACCAAACUUGCCUAAUGUUGUUGUACAAGCUGUGAUUGAAGCCAAUCAUGGACCGUCGAUUUAUGACCGAUUGUACUCACAUGAGGAUGCUGAGGAUCAUACGAAUGAUUUUGAAAGGAUUUUGACGAGGAUUGCUGGGAUUAAAUCUCCGACGGAUUCCGGAGAUGAAAAACGGACGGAACUAAACGGACUUUUCAAAGAUAAGAAUCCCUACAAAAAAAUUUACUUCAAUGGUUCUUCAAAUCGACGCAGUGGCAGUUUGUAUGGUAGUAGUUCAAGUAGUGAAGGUCGUUUGAAUGCAGUAACAAGUUCCGAAGAUGAAAGUAAAAAGAAGUCUUCAGUUCGAAAACCUAACAAUAACAACAAUAAGACGGUUGAUCGACGAAGAAAACGACAUAGUGCAUCUAGUAAAAUGGAAAGUAGUAGUGAGGAAGAUUCAAAACAGAAAACGAAAAAGACUUGGGGUCAGUUCUCGCGCUUAAAGCAAGUGGAACGUGAAUUAGGUUAUUCGGGUAGUGACAGUGACGAACUAAUGCCAAUACGUGCAAGUCAAAAAACAGACACUAAACAAAUAUCAUCGAUAUAUUCAGAUAGUGACAGUUCGGACGUAUCAAUGAACAAAGCAAGUGAUUCACAUCAAAAUAAAUUACGAACCAAAGCGUCAGUCAAAGAAUUUUCACAUAAACCAUCAACUUCGAAAAGUCCAAAUAAGACAAGUCCCGAAAACAAGAAGAAAAUCAAAGAUACGAAAAAAGAAAGUCCGACAAAGAAAAAAGAUUACGACCCAUCCGAUCUCAUAGUGCCACAACGACAAGCGGCGAAAAAAGCAACCGAAAAUCUCAAAUCGACGACAACGCGAGUCGUCAAAGAACAAACCGAAGAACCGGUGGUGAAACUCGAAGAAAAAUCCACGAAAUUACAAAAACCCAAACCGAAACCUAAAGAAACGAAGAAAACUAGCGACGUAUUUGAUAUCGAUAAAGAAACAGAUCAGGAGAUUUUAGCAUAUGUUCCUCAACGUCAAGCGGCGAAAAAAGCCGCCGAACAUAUUAAAAGUGGCUUGGGUAAACCGGUGGUGCCUCCCACUGUCGACGAACCAAAGUUGGAAAAUGUGGGAAAGAAGAAAGAACCAGAACGGCCUGCUAAAGUCCCUGAAAGUAAACGCAAGUCUUCCUCAAAUAGUAGUUCGUCUUCCUCGUCGAGUUCUUCCACGUCGUCAUCGACGUCGUCGAGUUCGGAUAGUGACGAUGAGGCGCCGCAACCGCGAUCGGAGAGUCUUUUCUCGAAUAAGGAGUGUCGGGAAACGGCUAAGCGGACGAACGCAAGCAAGGACUGGCCCUUUCUUGACAAGGAUGCCAAGUCUACAGCAGCGGCGUCCAGCUCAAGCACCGACUCGAGUGAUUCUAGCCGUUCCGCCUCACCUGCAAAAGGAAAAAUCACCACACCCGAUAAGAAAUCAACUCAAAGAGAGGAACAGACGAGAAUGCGAGGAAAAGGACGACCAUCAGCAAGAGGAGGCAGGACGAGGACAUCUAAAUCCGGUGAUCGGAUCGGAGAUGCUAAUGUCAGGGUUAGAAAUUUGUCUGAUAGCCAACGUAGCGAUGCUAAGUGUAGGAAGGGAAAACAGGAUGAGAUGGCCGAAAAAGAGACAAAGUCCGUUAACAAACUACAGUCUCCGGUCCGGAAAACGGACAAAAAAUUAAUCGAAAACAAAGAAAUCGAAGUUAGUAAUCUCGAAAAGGAAAUACUCGAAAGAAAAGCAGGAAAACAAGGCUCGUCAAAGACUAAAUCAACAUUAGACAGGUUAUUUGGUUCUCCUGAGAAAAAGGAGGAAAAGAAAUCGCCAAAUAAGACGAAACCAAUCAAACCUGUUAAAUCCACGGUGAAAGAAAACAAAGAACCGGAAAAAGUAACAUCACCUGUUAAAAAAUCACCGAUUAAAAGUAAAAACAUCGAUGAGAUUUUCACACAAAAGACUGUCUUAAACGAGAAUAAAAUCGAGACUAACACACCGAAACGAGAAGAAAUCGAGCCGACAAAAGUCGAAGAUGUUAAACAACCCGAGCCUGAAAAGAAACUUCCACGUUCGAUUUUCUCUCCACCACAUCUCAAAGACAAUUUACUCGAUUUUGAUGAUAAUCUCGAUGACGGUUUUGGCAUUUCCAAAGACGAGGAGAUUAUGAAAGGUCCUCUAACGUUCAAUUUUGGCAACACUAGUCUUUUCAAAGAGGAUUCAAAAGAGGACAGCGCCCGUGAGACACUUAAUCUCGUCGAAAAACUUCGUAUGGAAAUGUCGAAAAAAUCGACGAGUUGUGAUGUCGAUGAUGGUGCGAGUGUUUCAUCAAGUACUAAAAAUGAGUGUGAUAGAACAGAGUUUGCGGAACAAGUGGUCCCGAAUUGUGUAACGGAAAAGAACGAUGCGAAAAUUGAGGAUGUACCAUCGACGGUGAAUUUAGAAAUGAGAGUAGAAGUGACUGAAGCUAAAGGUUUCACCGAUAGAGGACAGGAUUAUAGGUUUAUGAGUUGUGAAGCGGACGUACCGCUGGAACAAAACAAGAACAUUCCAAUUCAACAGCAUCAUGGACUGUCUGAUCAUGGGAUUAGUGGGCAGGGUGAUGAGCGAUGGGUGCCCCCUAGUGAAGUGUAUCCGGCAGUGCCACCCAUAGAUCCUUCGAAUUAUGGCAGCGAGAGUCAACUUCAGCCUCCUCAAACUCCUCAACAUUUCAUGCAGCAAUACUCACUUAAUAAGAUUAAUACUAUACCUCCUCAAAUCGACAUUCUCAAAAACCCAUCACCGACGUUACACGACCGUAGAAUCUCACAAACGCCCCUCAAUGAUGAUUGUAUGCCAAGUCCAUCACCAUACGCCGAUAUUCAUCCACAAGCCAAAUGGGCUGAUAGUGAAAUUAUGCCCAAUCGACGCUCUUCUUCCAGUUCAGCAGCUUCGACUUCCAGUUCGUGUUCGCGUCGUAAUGACGAAGACGAAGUUAAGAUGCGACCCGAUGUCAUGAUGGUCAAUCAUCAAGCUCUUGAAAUCGGUUAUCUUCAUCCCCAGGGAAUCCCAUUUCCGCCUGAACUUUUCCCAACACUUCCCGACGCCUCGCAGUUUGUCAGUCCGGUAAGUCUCCUUCAUCCGCCUCCUUUGAAUCCCUCUUUAGCGUUUCCUUCAACCGCUCCGGCGAUGUUACCGCCAGCUUUUGCUCCAUUUCCCGCCUCGCAAGUUAUACCAACAUUGUCGAAACCAGUGGAAGAUGUACAGCAUUCGUUGACGUGUACGGCAGCUUUUACAUCAUCACAGCAUAAUAUGGCCUUGACAGCGGCCAUUGCAAAUUUACCACCAAGUAUACCCAAAGAAGUGGAAGCACUUCCUGAAGAUGAGGUUGCACCGGCGGCUCCUCCAGAACCACAACUAUCAUCACCGAGUCCUUCAAUCAAGUCGAAUAGUUCCGGGAAGAAAUCGCCCAGUAAACCGACAAGGACAUCGGCAAGGGUCACCUCACAGGGUAAAAGUCCAAAACAGGAAGUUGUUAAACCUCCCGGAAGAGGUCGUGGUGAUGCUAGACGAAAUUCAGUCAAGUCUAACACUUCGAGAGGGAGAGGUCGAGGUAGAGGUCGAGGUCGGGCACAUACUCACAAUGAUCAUGAAUUUAUCGGUACCAAUACAAUUCAUAAUAAGUUAGUUGGGACUGUGUACGAUUUGGACUUUGAUGACGACAUUUCAAGUGAAAAUGUUGAUUUGAAAUCGAUGAGAGAGCGUCGAAAAUCGGUGGAUGUUCAAAAAACCGAAUUGAAAGAAAGUUCCGAAUCGCCGUCUCAAAAACGUUACAAUGAUUUAAGAGAGUUGAGGCCCCCGACACCGGUCAAGGAAUCGGUACCGAAACCAACCGAAGUUGAGCCGAUUUUCCCCGAUAUGGUACAGCCGGUAUUACCGGGACCUGUAGAUAUGCGAACAUAUAGUAGUAAUUUCGAUCAGAGCUACCACGAGGCUAAUCUCCUAAGGGCGUUUGAUUCGGGAACGACGGAACCACCAGUCAAUGAAGAAAUCGACGAGGAGUUUGAAAAGGAGUUGCAAACGGCUUUAACAACACCGAGUAAAAAACCGGAAGAACCUCCAGCAAAUAUUAAAGUUUCUUUAUCGGAUUCACGGAAUCAAUUGAAAGUUAAGAUUAAAGGACCGAUUGCGAAUUAUUCUUCGACGAUACCACCGUUACCACCACCGGUUGUCGAUCCGGUCAACGUUUCGAGUAUGAACUAUGUAUCGAAUAACGUCAUUAGUAAUAAUUCGAUUGGAGUGAGUUCAGGUACUUCGAAUUUGAGAAGGAUGCGAAAGAAGGAAUUACUAAGGCAGUAUUGGACACAAGAUAUGAAUAUGGAUGAUUCAUCUUGUACUCCGGGUUUUAACGCUACUCCUACCGUACCUCCCGUUAAUCGUACUAUUAUCACUAUACCUAAGGCUGUGGCAUCAAUGACCAGUAUUCCUACAAAAGACGAUUAUAGAGAUUAUAGGACAGGGUCUGAUGACGUCAUUGAAACAAAACAACACCGGAAAGAAACUAAAUCGCGACCAGGGGCUCUCUCUCGAGAAUUAAGACAAUUAGACUUGUCAUUAGACGAAGACGGAUUGUUAGAAAGGAGAAGAAGUAUAGGUUCAAUUGGUAGUAACAAUUCGACGACUUAUGACUCUUCUACUAAUAAACGACGAGGGAGACCCCCACGACCAUCACAACAAUCAUCAGGAACCCCGAAAAUAAAAAUCAAGAUUGGUAAUAGUAUAGUGGGGAAGAUAGACGAUAAACGGGACCGAAUAAGACCACCAAAGAAACGUCUAGCGAACAUAAACAUGCCCAGUGUUGAAGACCUGAAACGUGAGAGUAUGAAAUUCAGAAAGUUGGUAAUGGCCGAUUUUGACGAAGGUAAAGAAAAACGAAAAAAGAAAGACAAGAGUGAGAAACGCAAAAGGAAAAAAUCUAAACCCGAAGUGCAGAUAAUUUCGAGUGAGAGUCAGAAUAAGUUGAUUAUUCGGAUCGGUAAAAAGGUGGAGGGUGAGGUGAGGACUAGUGGGGAAGGGGGUGGUGGUGGUGGUGUUGAGAGUGGUGCUCCAAUCAAAUUGAAGUUGUCGCGGUGUCAAGAAGGUAGUGGUUAUGUGAUGAAGAGGACGACACAACAGCCGCCGAGUGUUGAGACGAAGGCCGAGGAGGCGACACAGCCAGGACAGCCGCCACCUCCUGCAGCGGUGGUGGUGACGCCGCCGCCGCCGCCGCCAUCGCAAUCGACGCCGUCUCUCGGUUUGGGGGAGGGAGUGCCUCCGCCGCCGCUGCCCCUCAACAAAGACUGUGAAGUUAGAUGAUAGUCGUGUAAUAUAGGUAGGUGACCAGUGAGGCAGGUUGUACAGACGCUAGCUGCUACUUCACCUGUUUUAAAUCCACGUUGUUAAGCUGUCUAGUGUAUUAUGUGUAGGCUAAGCGAGCACAUGUAUGUCAUUAAUUUCAGUGUACAAAGUCAAUUACAGCCGCAAACGUGUAAUCAUAUUUUUGUACAUAUUGUAAGUUAUGGUAUUUGUGAAUAUAAAUAGUACUAAUUUAUAUAUACAUAUUAAUAUCAUUUAAAAUGAUUAACUCGUGUUGACAAUUUUGAUAGCUAGAAUCGUUAUAGAAUUUCAUCAGAUAUUGUACAGAACAAAUGGCUUGAGUGCAAUCUUUUUUAUCGGUUGUUUGUUGUGAGAGAGCCAUUAUUUUAUUAUUGUACAGUCUUUAUUAUUAUUUUUUAACAUUCGUUUGUGCGACAUUGUACUAUAAAUUUACUUAAAAGAAUUUAUUAUCUAUUUAUAGUUAUAUAUAGUUAAUUUUAUUUUUUAUAUUUCCGAACAUGUUUUUAUAAGUGUACGUGUUGUAUCAUAAUAGAUUACUUCAAGUAUUAAAGCACAAGCCAUUUGUUGUUUCAUGUUACAUGAUACAAAAUAAUAUUAUAAUAAAUAUAAAAUAUGAACAAAGUCGACAGUUUUCUAUUUCAGGCAGUCCACACACACGAUUUCCUAUCUUUAUUAUUUUUUUUGUUUAUUUCUUUACAUGCUUUUACAGCAUCACUCAAAACAAAAGCACACACACGACAUUCUCUUGUUAACAUAAUGUGUAUAUUUUUCUCUACCAGCCGGACUGUAAGAUGUAUGUGUAUAAUUUCACAAAAUGUACACAUAGUUGAUUCGUGAAUUAUAUUCAAUUUUAUAUAAAACUA